AUGGCUUCAAAAUAUUGCGUUUUAUAUUCUUUGAUACUAAUUUUGCUUAUCUGCUAAGUUAGUUCUUUAAAAUAUGAAACUAUAACUAAAUUAUAAGAUGUUUUAGGAAGUGGAGAUUCCUAUCCUUCUUAGCUACCAGUUGCCUCGUCAAAAAGAGCCUUAGAAAAUGUGAAAGUCCUUUUUGCUUUCUCUCAUGGCGUUGAAGAUUAAGAAGUUUACUACUUUUAUAACUAUUUGAUUGAUAGAGGAACUAAAUAAAUUACUCUAGGAAUUGACUAUAACGGUUUGGAAUCAGAUGUUAUUCUUAGUGAUUUCUACAAGCCUUCAUACAGAAUUCCUAAAUAGUUUACUAUGGAUAUUAACAAAGUAAAUUUUAAUGAUUACGAUGUCAUAUACAUUCCAGGUGGUUUACCUAGUUCAUCAGCUUUGAGAAAUAAUCAAUUAUUUAUACAAAACCUUAAAUCUUUCUAUGAAAAUAAGCAAAACUAAGAAAAACUGGUAAUAUUUAUGUGCUCAGGAACAGAAGUUUUUAUUUAGUCAGGAAUCAUAAGUGAUUAUCAUGGCUUAAACUUAACAGGCAGUCCUGCUUCAGUUCAUACAUUCUCAACAUACUUAAAAGCCCAUAAUAUUCCUUUAAAUACUUUUACUUCAAUUCCAGCUAUCAAUCUUAAGACUUAUAAUAAACCUAGAGUAAUUCUAGCUCGUGAUCCAAACGCUUCAACCUAAUUUGUAACUAUGGUGUCUAAUGAACAUUUUCACUUGAAUGAGAAAUUACCAUCCGCAAACGAUUUUACUCCACUUAGAACAAAAGAUGGUUACCCAGCAGGAAAAUUUUAUCUUAAAGGGUUAUUUGAAAUGAUUCCAGAAAAUACUAUCCUAUCCUCGCUUCCUAUUGCAAAUUCGAUUAAACACUUAAUGAGUUAAAAUCGUUUCUUAAGAUCUGAAUAUUAAGAGAUGUUAGCUGAUAGCCAAAAGAUCUCAUUGAUUGCUAUGUCAAGUGGUGUAGUUUAAAGAGAAAUUGAUUAACUAUUUGAAAAGUUAAAAUUUUCUCCAAACUUAAGUUAUACAAUUUGUCCAGGUUGGGUAAAGUAGUAUAAAAACUCCUAAAUAUUUACUUUUAGCUACCCACCAACACAACCUUUAAAGAAAAUUAUUUGUGAUUAUUCUUAUGAAGAAAUUUUAGAGAAAAAAAUUCCUUUCGAUAAUAUCAUCAUUCCAGGUGGUCUUUUCUCUACAAACGCUGUUCUUAGAAAUGAUGAUGGAUUUUUAGAUUUCUUGAAUUAAGCCAUUAAACAGAAAUCAAAGCAAAUACUAUUUUCCUCCUCUGGCUUAGAUCUCUUACUUCCUUUGAAACUUAAAUAUCCAGAUAAUUAAUUGAUUUAAAGAAUUAAUGAAGUUCCUGAAGACAGAGAUGUAGGAGUUGAUACCAAACUAGCUGGGUUAAAUAAUAGGAGGGAUAAAAAAAUAAUUUCUUUAGAGUAAAUUACUUUAUCCACUUUUAAUUGA